CCUGGCGCGCGGCUGGACUGAGGUCGCCUCAGUAGCCGCCCUCGGCCCACGCGGGCGCCGCCAUGGCCUCCCUGCGCGCCAAGGACGCCUACCUGCAGGACCUGGCCCGGAAGAUCUGCGCCCCGCACGGCCCCGAGCCUCCGCGGCGCGGGCGAGCUAGCAAAAUUCAAGGUUCAGAAACUUCUGGACCCCCCAAAAAGAAAAGAAAGAAAACACAAAAGAAAUUCCGAGAACAGGAACAGAAAGCUUCUGAACACAAGGCCAAGACCCUUGGAGAGAAGUUUCCAGUGGCUCCUGGAACCAAGAAGCGAGCAGUGGCCAAAGGGGAGGAGGCUUCCAUCUCCACAGGGGCCCCUGCAGAUGGCCAGGCUGCAGCACCUGACUCUGUCUUUGCUCUGGAUGUCCUGCGCCAGCGGCUGCAUGAGAAGAUCCAGCAGGCCCGUGGCCAGGGUGGCACCAAGGAGCUUUCUGCUGCCACUCUGGAGAAGAGGCAACGGAGAAAGCAGGAGCGGGAGCGGAAGAAGAGGAAGCGGAGGGAGCUGCGUGCAAAGGAGAAGGCAGCAGCACAGGCCGUGGAGUCGGAGGAGGCAGCUGUGGCGCCCCCAGAGGCGGCCCACGCCCAGCUGCAGGAGCCAGCCCUGAUCUUCAGUAAGGUGGAGGUCAGUGAGGAGGAGCCGACCAGCAAGGCCCAGCGGCGGAAGGAGAAGCGGCAGAAGGUGAAGGGGAACCUGACCCCACUGACGGGCAAGAACUACCGGCAGCUGCUGGAGCGCCUGCAGGCGCGGCAGGGCCGACUGGAGGAGCUGCGGGAGCAGGACGCGGGGAAGGCCCGAGAGCUGGAGGCCAAGAUGAGGUGGACCAACCUGCUGUACAAGGCGGAGGGCGUCAGGAUCCGCGACGACGAGCGGCUGCUGCAGGAGGCCCUGAAGCGCAAGGAGAAGCGCCGGGCGCAGCGGCAGCGCCAGUGGGAGAAGCGCUCUGCCCAGGUGGUGGAGAAAAUGCAGCAGCGGCAGGACAGGCGGCGGCAGAACCUGCGCAGGAAGAAGGUGGCCAGGGCCGAGCGGCGCCUGCAGAAGGCCCGAAGGAAGGGCCGCGUGAUGCCCCAGGACCUGGAGCGGGCUGGCCUCGCCUGAGCAGCCAUCGCACACCUCCGGCCACGUGCCUGCUGCUCUUCUGUCCCUGGCCCGCCUCCGCAGUGCACCUUCCCCACCCUGGCGGCCAUCUCUGUGAGGCUCAGGGUUCCCAGGUGGUGCGUGGGCAGCAGACACCGCCCUAGCCUCCCAGAGCUUGGAUCUCUGAGGAAUGUGGCUUCCUGUUGUCCCUGAGCAGGGCCACAGCCUUUAGACCUGGGGAGGGGUGAGUCCGACUUCGUCCCUGUGUCCUCCCGUAGGGUGGGAGAGGCUGUCUGAAUCCUGCAAGUCAAGGAGGAGUCCUGGGGUGCCUGGAGGUGAGGUUGGUGGGGAGGUCCUCCUGCAGCCCCUCCUGCCUCUCCUGGGUUCCCAGGGGUCCUGGACAGGAAAAAGAGGGCCUUGGCCAACUGCCUGAUUAGUUCAGAACUCCUCAGGAAGGGAUGCAAGCCCAAGGGGUGACUGGCUCCCAUAACUGGGGGAAGUGGGGCCAGCCAGGCACAGCUCUUGCGGGCAGGAAGGCCGGGCCUCUUGGCACUGCCUGGCUCUUUCCUGUGCUCAUCUCCCUCCCCGCCUCCUCAGUAAUCCUAGGAUAAUGUUUUCCCAGCUCAAUCCCAAAGAGGGGAAGGGGCCUGCUCCUUCCCAGGCCCAUGGGGUGUGACUCAGGCUGAGUAGUCACCUCUGGGCGCUUGUUGACUCGAGGGCCAUGCAGUGGCCGUUGUGCCUCCACACCUGAAGUCAGGGCAGAGGGUUCACUGGGUGACGGGGUGGGGAGUGGGGAUAGGGACUGCAGAUGAGAGUCUGGAUGCAGAUGGGUGAGCACAGCUGGCGUUUCCUUGAGUGUCUUGGGGGAGGAUCCCCCACUGCCUGAACAGCUUUUCAGAAGUGAGCUGCUGGUGCUGGGGCAUGGUGACCCACACUGGUCAUCUCGGUACCAGGAGAUGGGCAGGAGCCGGAGGAUCAAAGCUUGGAGGCCAGCCUAGCAACUCAGCAAGACCUGCCUCUGAACAAAUGAAACAGUGAGAAGAGAAGCCGGGCAGCAGUCCAAUCCCCUGCACUAGACAGUGGGGUGGGGCUCAAAGGCUCUUCUUCAGUAGGAUAGGCAGAGCGCCACGCACAGUGAGAAGGCCAGGAGUGGGGUCUGUGGGCCUAGAGCCCACCUAGAGUGGGUUGGCGUCCUUGUGAAGGAGUGGGCUGGGUGCAACAGUUGGUAACCCCCAUCACUCCUGGCAUCUGCUCGGCCGCUGCACUCGGGCCCUGCUCUUCUGGCUGGAUGGCUCUAUCCAGAGACCGCUCAGUGAGAGGCACUGGGUCCUGGGGCUCUGCCUCCAGCAGUGUGUACUGAUCUGGCACUCUGCCCCAUCCUGCUUGCUGCUCGUGGUCAUCACAGGUGGUACCCCAGUAAACCUCUUGCAUCCCUAACUUGGCCUCUGUGUCUGUUUUUUAGUGGGACACAGCUUCCAGCAAAUGCCACGUGAGGUUUUGUUUUUCAGCACCAGGGAUUGAACCCAGAGGUGCUUACCCACUAAGCCACAUUCCUAGCCCUUUUUGUUUUUAUUUUGAGACGGUCUCACUAAGUUUCUUAGGGCUUCACUAAAUUGCAGAGGCUGGAUUAAAUUCGUAAUCUUCCUGCCUCAGCCUCCCAAGUCACUGGGAUUACAGGUGCACGUCACUGAGCCCAGCCCAAGUGAGAUUUAAACACCCCACACUGCUGGGUACAGAGGUGGCACCCCAGAACUUAAGAAUGGGUCUUUGUAGCUUUUCGUCCUUGGCCAGGGAAGGAAGACAUUCCUGUGGGGCAAGACGAGGUGACUGCUGGUUUUUCAACAGCAGCACAUGGCCAAACCAUUUACCCAUAUUUUGCCAUCAGUCUGUCCCAGCUAAGGACUCACGAGGGUGGAGGUGAAACUCCCUCCGACAGUUCCAGUGGGUUUCUUCUGGGACCUGGCCUGUGCCCCCCUUGCCUCUCCAGGCUUGCCUGCGCCCUCCCUGCCACACCUUGCUGCCCUCUGCUGACCCAGCCCAGGCCCCCAGCCACCCCGCCUUGCUUCCAUAAUAUUUCCUGUGCUGCAGGCAUCUUGCUGCUCUGCGUGGUUUCUUUAUCUCUUCCAGUGCCUAGCGGGGAGAGGGUAGUGGGCCAAGGUUGGGGUGUCUCCUAGUUCUGCAGGAGACGGUCAGGAGCAUGGCCACCUGUUCUGAGCAUCCCAGGCCUUCACUCACCACACCAUCCCUUUUCCCUGGCAGUGCCAGCUCCACCCCUUCCUCCCCACUGCCUUUCCCUAGCUCCCACGCUGCAUUGAGGUCCACGCCCUUGGUGGUUGCUGUGGGCUCCCCAGGCCUCUGUGACACCUGCCCAACCCUGGGGCAUCCUGCACAGUUGGCUUGUGUCUUAGAAUAUGGAGUGUUACUGGAACAUUCAAGGAUCAGUGAAACCAACAGAUGAGGGAUGACUGUCACAGAAAAUGGUUUGCUGCUCAGCCCCAAAGAAGAGUGGCAGGAGGCAGAGAGAAAGGGGCACCGUGGGCACUGGUCUCUUGGGUCAACAGGAAGAAGUGAGCAGGCUUAGGACUGGCUAACCUGAAAUAUUUCAGUGUGCUCUGGGGCACUGGGGCUGUCCCCAGGUGUCUGGUACAGGGCCAGUGGCAGAUACUGGAGACAAGUUUCCUUCUGCCUGAGGGCAUAUUUCAGGGGUCUGUUGAUAAGUCAUUUUCCAGGUGUACACACGGAAAGAUUUGAAACUGACCUGACACGCUCCUAUCAGCACAUGGAAGUUGAGCCUUUAAAAUUUUAGGUUUGAAUGUUUCUUUCACUCAAGUACAUUGGGUGUAGGCUGAAAGCUAAGGAUCCCAUCUCUUCUUUCACAAACAAUGGCGAGUCGCGGGAGCCUCAUCCACUCCAUCCCUCGCCUCCUGAUUGAGCAUUCCCUGCUGGUCAUCCUUUCUGUGCAUUCGCCCUAAUGUUACCCUACAAUCCCACUGGUCUGACUUGCUGGCAGUAGCCAGCCAAGCCCACACUGAGUGAGAUGCAGCUUUGUGAGGAAUUGAUCCCACCUAAUUCCUUUCUCCUUCAAUGUGUUUUUGGUAGCCAGGCAUGGUGGCAUAUCCCAGUGGCUCUGGAGGCUGAGGCAGGAAGAUUGCAAGUUUGAGACCAACCUCAGCAAUUUAACAAGACUUUAAGCAACUUAGCUAAACGCUGUCUCAAAAUAAAACAUAAAAAGGACUGGGGAAGGAGAUCCAAGAUGGCAGUUGAGUUCCUGGCGGCUCUGUGGUGUAAAACCAAGCAGCAGAUAGGCAGGUUCUUUGCAAGGUGGGUGAACAAAAGAAGGGCAGGGGGACUUUACUGGAACCUAAAACGACAUUCAAGCAGACCAGGGACACAGGAGGUUGGAUAUAAUCAAAAAGGAAAAAAUCCCCAGCAGCACAGCCACGGCCACGGUGGGGUCGGAAGCUCCAGGCGGAGGGGUUCCUCCACGAGCAGAGUAGAGGGACAGUGCAGUGGUGCCUCCCGCUCCUCCAAAGAUCUUAAGUGAGCUUCUCCAGGACCCCCACCAUAAUUGUUCUUCAACCAUCAGCAAGAAUUUCUGUAAAAGGGUUCAAAUGUGGUUAGACUUCCUAGUUCCUGUUGUUCUGUCUUGCAGUAACUAAAUUUGGCCACAGGCUUCAAGAUGUUAUUUCUGCUUUUGUGGUAAAGUGUGUAAAAAUCUCUGAAUAAUCAAAAAAAUUAGGAGGCACUCUGUGAACUCAAAGAAAAAAACCCUACUUAUAUGCAGACUUCUACAAAUUGUGAACCUCUGAGUCCUCCUCACCUUGCACAAUGGGUAUAAAGUCCUAAAAUUUUCUGGACUCAGGGUUCAGAGUGAAGAAUUGAUUUAGGAGAAAACCUCUCUCUGGACCAACUGUAGCCAAUAAACCUGCUUUCUGCUAAUUGCUCGGUG